UAAUAAAUCCUCUAAUACCCGCACAGUAGUAGAAUACAGUAGACGUCCUUUUUGGUUUACCGACAUUCAAUCGAAUUUCGAAUAUACUAUUAACACAAACACUUUAAUUUUUAGUAUGCUAGAUGUUAAUUUAUCUUCUUAGUUUUUUUUUUCGUAUGUACUACUUAUUAUCAUUCUAAAAAAAUAAUAGACCAACGAAUAUGGCAUUCGAAAAGUUGUAUCCUAUAUUUCACAUAUUAUUUACACUGGUGUUCUUCGUGAGUGGGCUAAUUACUAAUUUAUUCCAAUUAUUAUUUUUCGUUUUAUUGUGGCCACAUAAUAAGGAACUUUUCAGGAAAAUCAACUAUUUCUUUUCAUAUAUAAUUUACUCAGAAUGUGUGUUUCUGUCUGACUGGUGGGCUGGAGUGCAAUAUUACUAUUACGUAGAUAAAGAGGAUUACAAAUAUUUUGGAAAAGAACAUGCGAUAUUGAUUAUUAACCACAAAUACGAAAUUGACUGGCUAACUGCUUGGGCUAUUACCGAUCGAAUUGGAACUCUUGGAAAUUGUAAAGCUUUCUCAAAAGAAAGCCUGAAGUACAUGCCCGUAAUGGGUUGGUGUUGGUGGUUCUCUGAAUUUUUAUUCCUUCAGAGGGACUUGGCAAAAGACAAGUAUACUAUUGAAAAUAAACUCAAACUAUUAUUCGAGUAUACAAGCCCAGUUUCGAUGCUACUGUAUGCAGAAGGUACUCGAUUUACGAAAGAGAAACACGAGGCAAGCAUAAAAUUUGCUCAGACUAAAGGAUUACCAGAAUUAAAAGAACACUUGCUGCCGAGGACUAAAGGUUUUACUAUUGGACUGCCACACUUCAGACAAAAUUUACCGGCCGUCUAUAAUGUUCAGAUUGUGUUUAAAGGGGAUGAAAAGCCGUCGUUAAAAGCGUUGUUGAAUGGUCGACGAUUAGAAGCACACAUAUACAUGGAAAGAAUACCUAUCGAACAGAUUCCAGUGAACGACAAAGAGUGUGAUAAAUGGAUGUACAACAUAUACGAGAAAAAAGAUAAAAUGAUGGUUAGCUUUAUGAACACAGGAGAUUGGUUUAAGGAGAGUGGCGUAUCGCCAUACGAUAAAUUUGUGCCACCAUAUAGAUACGGUUGUAUUAUUAAUAUGAUAUUUUGGUCAUUAAUCAUUUUAGUACCAUUUUUCUAUUAUGUAUUCAAAAUAUUUAUUUCGGGAAAUUUGCUUCAUAUUAUAUUAAUGACAAUACCGAUUGGUUUACUUCAUGUGGCUUUAUCCAAAUUAGUGAGCAUCUCUGAAAUAAAUAAGACGUCUUCAAGUUAUGGUACCGAUAAACAAAAAAUAAAAUAAAUAGUUUUUUUAUUUCUGUAAACGCAAUAUUAUUUGUGUGUUAUUAUACAUCGAAAUAUGUGUUUCUCAAAGAUAAUAUAGAUACUACUGUUUAUCAUUUA